ACUACGCUGGCACACAUCAUAGCCAACAGCAGCAAAAAGAACGGCACGAGGUUUGUGACACUGUCGGCCACAAGUGCCAAGACAAAUGAUGUUCGAGAUGUCAUCAGCCAAGCCCAGAAUGAAAAAAGACUCUUCAAGAGAAAAACCAUCCUCUUUAUUGACGAGAUCCAUCGCUUCAAUAAAUCUCAGCAGGACACUUUCCUUCCUCACGUCGAGUGUGGGACGGUGACCCUGAUAGGAGCGACCACAGAAAACCCUUCCUUCCAAGUCAACGCCGCUCUUCUGAGCCGAUGCCGGGUGAUCGUCCUGGAGAAGCUCUCAGUUGAAGCGAUGGAGGCGAUUCUGAUGCGGGCUGUCAGGUCCUUAGGGGUCCAGGUUUUGGGCCAGGGCGACCAGCACGGCAGCUCUGCAACUGGCAGCAGCAGUGAGAGCUCAGAAUUCCCAGUGUACAUAGAGGAGAAAGCUCUAAAUACCCUCGCCUACCUUUGCGACGGUGAUGCAAGGACUGGACUGAAUGGACUCCAGUUAGCAGUUCAGGCAAGAUUAGCGGCAGGGAAGACCACUCCUUUGAAUAUUACCAAAGGUGGUUCUGCAGAUGGCAUUCUGGUAACAGAAGAGCAUGUAAAGGAAGGGCUACAGCGAUCUCACAUCUUGUAUGACCGAGCAGGUGAGUACCUCACACAGUUUCUGAGAUGCAGAGUUCUCAAGAGCUGA